AUAAAUAAUCUCAUUUCUCAAAUUUUUAUUCGCUAUUUAUCGAUUCUGCCAAACCUAAACCUAACCUUCGUUUUCUUUGCGGAGAAAUCAACCAAUGGCUUCGUUUGAACAAGCACCUGCCGGUGAUGCCAAAGCCGGAGACAAAAUCUUUAGAACCAAAUGUGCUCAGUGCCACACCGUUGACAAAGGUGCUGGCCACAAACAAGGGCCCAAUCUGAAUGGUUUGUUUGGAAGGCAAUCAGGUACCACUCCCGGAUAUUCCUACUCAGCAGCUAACAAGAGCAUGGCUGUGACCUGGGAGGAAAAGACCUUGUAUGAUUACUUGCUUAACCCCAAAAAGUAUAUUCCAGGGACCAAGAUGGUAUUUCCUGGUCUUAAGAAGCCCCAAGAACGUGCUGACCUUAUUGCAUAUCUGAAGGAAGCCACAGCAUAGUGAUUAUAUACUUUCAUACAUUCAAUUUUUACAGUGAUUUUGAAGUUCUGGAGGUUUAAUUUUCAGAAUUUUAGUAAUGCUGAGCAGUUAGUACUGUAUCUUUGGCAAAUAAAGUAGGUUAUAUUGGUUCGCAAUGCUAUUUUGCUGAUUGUGCAUUGCUUGUCAAAAAGCCCCCAAAUAUUGGCUGGCUGGAGCUACACUCAAGCAAAUUUUUUAUUGAAUUAAAACAUUUUUAUCACUAUUUGGUUAAUUGGAACUAUGAUUUAAUUAUGUUUGUCUCGGUAA